AUGACUCACGAAACCCUCUUCGGCUCCUUCGUCGUCGAUUACUCCAUGAUCAACGCGAACAACACCCCCACGAUCGCACCUACAGUGGGCGAGAAUGUGACCGCCAUGUUCAACGAUGGCACCGACUUGAACAAUACGUUCUGGGUCAUCACCACUCCGACAUCGUUCUGGUGUACCUUCAGUGGAUUCCCGCGCGUUGCCGUGUACGGUGCAGUUGUGCAUUACACCGAUGAUGAGCCUGCGACCGCAACCUACAGCGUCGAUGGGAAGAUCGCGGCGAACCAGACUCUUGUUUCCUUCGACUGCUUUCCCCAUUUUCCUCUCUUUCUCGCAGAACUUCCCGACGCUAGUCGUCAACAUACCCUCUCGGUGGACGUCGACGCCCGGCCGGCCGCACCUUAUCUCCUCGACUACAUCCUUCUGUAUGACGCGCCGACAACGACGACCAACUCGACUGUUCGCUGUGGUGUAUCCACUCCCAGCCCCACGUCAACCACCACCAUCUCGGCCAUCACCAGCACUGUCACCCGUCUUGCGUCCUCCGGGACCCCCAUAGGUGCUCUGUCCGAGUCUAGUACUACGCAAUUCGUGAUCGCUAUGGAUGUCGCCUUUUUACUAUUGGGCUUUAUGAUCGGUUGUUUGCUUUACCUGAGCAUCAAACAAUCCUACAGCAGGAACCAUGAUUCCGAACCGCACAGAGCCGCCCCCAGGCGUGUCGGCAUUGAACCCUCUCCGCCUCCAUACACGAGGAUAUGCCCUCCCGAGGAACACAUGCUCCAACACUUUGACUCGGACCGUCUCAUCUCCCCCUCUCCUCGCAUCUUCAUCUACAGCGCAGCAAGCUCCACCACCUCCUUCGACACCACUGUCGCUGACGCGCUCUCCGGGCGCGUGGUCGGACACACGUCCAUCCCCACUCCGCCGUCCAGUGCACACGUCCCGGCGGAGGAGAGGGUGACCGAAUGCAAUCGGUCAUCCUUGCGCACGGACUCGUCCCUCAACCCCCAGCCUGUCCGCGACGGUGUGCGUGGCGGACUGUGGAGGGUCUCGACGUUCCGGUCCACCUCCGACACCAUCAGCACGGCGCUUCCAGAGACUCCUUCUGAGGAGCGGACCGGUCCGCUGAGGCAGUGUCACGUGUGCCAUCGCCAGGAGUCCGCGAAGCUCACAAUCGUCGUCGCCACACUCGGCCAGCCCUUCAACAUCGGGGCAGCGCAUACACACUUCGUUCUCACGAAAGAUACCCAGCCCUCUGUCGGCGGACAUAGCACCGAGGAUGGCGCGAUUUGUACCCCUGCACCCGAGCCGCCUGUGAGAGUUUACUUCGAGCAACGCGGGUACGACGUGGCCCCAGAUAUCCGGGACUCGGAGUCAGUUGUGAAGAGAGAGCGCUCCGAGGAGUCCGAUGCGGUCAACCGUCCGAGUCGGAGUCCGCGGCCCGAAGCCCACGUGAACGCCCAGCCGAAAAAGGAAACGAGCGCCCGAACCCCCGAGCCGCCAGUGGCCACUGUCGCCACCAACGUCGCCACUGACGACUGUCUGUGA